CACUAAGCCACCUGAAUGUUAAUAUUUUCCCAAACACACCGGUUUUCUUCUGAACUGGAGAUUUUCUGAGAAUCUUCAACCAUGGUUGAAAAAAAAAAUACCCAAUGCUGUAUUAAACAGCCUCAGAGACGUGAUCAGUUAGCAAGCUUUCCUGUGUAACUCUCUCCACUUAUACUCUACAAAUACCGCUCUGUGGAAUAUAUGAGAGAGGCAACACUAUAAUCUUUCUUUUAUAGGCAAGGAAGAAGUAAGAUACCCUUCUAAGGACACAGAGAGGGUUCAUAGUAAAUUCAUGGAUGGACAUGUUUGAAUGUCUUUUUUUCUGUGUUUUUGUUGCUUUAGAAAGCUCCUAACCUUUUGAUUAUUCCCUGUCAGAGAGACCCUCUGAUGAUACCUGUGAGUCACUCCACAGGAGGAAUUCUUAUUGCCAACUCUGUUCAUAAUUGACUGUCACUCUUGUUCAAAGAGCAAGAUGAUCCAUUUGAGUAAAAACAACAGCUUUUUAGUAUGGAUAAAACUACUUCAAUAUGGAAUCAUCACUCUUUGAACUAGUUAUGGAAAACUAAGCUAUCAGGUUAACUUCUUAAUUAUAAAAUAACAGUGAUGGAGAACAGGACAGAGGUGACAGAGUUCAUUCUUCUAGGUGUGACCAAUGCCCCAGAACUGCAGACCCCACUCUUUAUCUUGUUCACUCUUAUCUACUUCAUCAACAUGACUGGAAACUUGGGGAUGCUUGUGCUGAUUCUCUGGGACUCUCGACUCCACACUCCCAUGUACAUUUUCCUUGGUAAUUUAUCUCUGGUAGACAUCUUUUACUCCUCUGCUGUUACCCCAACAGUUGUUGCUGGACUUCUUGUAGGAAACCAAGCCAUUUCCUACAAUGCUUGUGCUGCCCAGAUGUUCUUAUUUGUAGUCUUUGCUACGGCAGAAAAUUUUCUCUUGGCUGCAAUGGCCUAUGACCGCUAUGCAGCAGUGUGCAAACCCCUGCAUUAUACCACCAUCAUGACUCCAGCUACAUGUGCAUGUCUGACCAUGGCCUGCUAUGCUGGUGGUUUCCUGAAUUCCUCUAUCCAUACUGGGGACACAUUCAGACUCUACUUCUGCAAGUCCAAUGUGGUCCAUCACUUUUUCUGUGAUGUUCCAGCCGUCAUGGUUCUCUCUUGCUCUGAUAGACACAUCAGUGAGAUGGUCCUCCUAUAUGGAGCAAGCUUUGUCAUCUGUUCUGCACUCCUUGUUAUUUUGAUAUCUUACAUAUUCAUUUUUAUCACCAUCUUCAAGAUGCGCUCAGCUGCAGGAUACCAGAAGGCUAUGUCCACCUGUGUUUCUCACUUCACUGCUGUCUCCAUUUUCUAUGGCACUCUUAUUUUCAUGUACUUGCAGCCCAGCUCCAGCCACUCCAUGGACACUGACAAAAUCGUGUCUGUGUUCUACACCAUGGUCAUCCCCAUGCUGAACCCUGUGGUCUAUAGCUUAAGGAACAAGGAGGUGAAAAGUGCAUUCAAGAAAGUUGUGGAGAAAGCAAAGUAUUCCUUAGGAUUUUGAUUCUAGCAUUGUGUGGUGCACUGUAAUGCAGCUCCGUGCUUCCCUAGGUAUCCUGUAAGAUUUCCGGACACACUGACGAUAAGUAGAAGAAUCAAUAUCCUUAUCUUUUCAAAUGUUUGCUUUUCAGAAAAUGGAAACAAUAAUAUAAAUCCGAUAUCUGUUUUAGAACUCCUAACGUGAAGUUUAGCAUGUGUUGGGUAUGUUUUCUUAAAUAUUCAUGGAGCAGACAAUUUAUUCAUCAUUUAUACAAGCUUUUUUUCUACAUGCUACUAGUAACAUACAUGUAAACCAAGAGGCAAAAUAAAAGCCCAGGAGAAGAAGAUCUACUUGUAAACACAUGGGCAUGCACAAAUACAUAGAAAAAUAUUCAAAGAUAAAGGAACACUGAGCUAUGGGUGUUUUUGUUCUUGCUUUUAUUGCAUUUGUGCAUGGUAUGUAUGCUUUUAUAUUUGCAUGUUUUUAUAUGUGAGGGUGUAUGUGUGGAUGCUGGUACACAUAUAGGGGCCAGAGGUUGGGUUUCUUUGUCAUUAGUUCUCCACAUAAUUUAUGGUAGUAGGCAAGUGAACACGACCUGGCAGGACAGGCUAGUCUAGCUAGUAACUUUUCUCUGAGAUCCACCUUCAUCUUCUGAGUUCUGGUAUUACAGAUGUAGUCCUAUGGUCUCAGUGCUGGUAUUAUGAUGGGCCCCUAUGUUGUCAUUUAUGUGACAUUAUAUCAUUAUGUGGUCCAUCACUUUUUCUGUUAUGAUUCAGAAGUCAUGAUUCAUUCUUGCUCUGAUAGCCACAUCAGUGAGAUGCAAGCUUGUAAGCUUCAUUAUCUGGCCUGCCCUCCUUGUUAUUUUGGUAUCAUACAUUUAGGAAAAUUUAAGAGAAUAUGUGGUAUUUAUGAGAAUUCCAACUUAGGUCUUCAUGCUUGUAUAACAAGUGCUUUAUCCUCUUAUCUGUAUUCUAGGUCACAUUGCUAGUAUUCAAUAAGAUAAGUUAAUAUAGUUCAUCAGAGUAUUGGAGUAUCAAUUAUGAUUGUUUUUCUUUAGUUGCAUAACUAUUCUAAGUCCUCUAAUCGAUGCAGGUUCAAACACACGUGUCCAUAUUCUUGGUGUAUUUAUUGAGUGAUAGAAAUCAAAGUAUUUUAUAGAAAAUUAGCUUUUAAAAAGGUAUAUUAAGUGAUUAAUACUUCUUUCUUGAUGAAAUUAAUAUAUAGAAAUUUAUUUGUUAUAUUGUACAUUUCUAAAGCAAAAAUUAUGCAGAGCAUAGUGAAAGUGGAGUAAAAACAAAGAGAUAUAUUGCAGAUAAAUACCCUCAUAUGCACUGCUUUGAACAUGCCCUGGGACAUUCAUGUUUUCCACGUUCACUCAUCACUAAUAAAGUUGUGUCAUCUCUUGUCACUCACAGUCUGUCCCCUAACCCCAUUCACACUGAUCCCCUUGAUGGUCUUCCCAGCUGCACCCAUAUCCCUACGUCAGGAAACUUGAGCUUGCAGCUCCCCUGCAUGGACAUUUCCUUCACUACAUUCACUUCUCUGCUUAACCAGAGGCUAGCCAUCUUGGGAGUCUUCCAUGACUCCCAUAUAAGACAGUCACGUUCCUUCCCAUUUACACUGUCCCUCCAUUCUGCCUUGUCUUCACAAUGCUCAUGAGCACCUCAGCUGGAAUCUAAAUCUAAGUAAGAGCAUUAGCUUGAUCUAUUUUAACUUCAUGUGCCUGCCUGUUGCCCAUUCCUGGCAUUGCUAAUGUGGCCAAGAACCUGAGACUAGAUAGGUCAUGGGUAUAGGAGGAAAGGAUUAUUAUUCUGCUAAAGGAACAUAACAAUAAAAUGGUUCCUGAUGACAUACAUCAGGACCUCGAUCAGCCCUCACCCAAACAAUUUCUUCUUGUAGUAAAUGGCAAUUUACAGAAACCUGAACAGUGCAGAGAGUGUGAAAGACUUUGAAGAACUUAGACCUAAAUGGGAUGUCAUCAUCACCUGCCUCUCCCCAGUGCUCAGAGAUCUAUAUAGAAGAGGAGGCAGAAAGAUAACAAGAGCCAGAGGUGAUGGAUGACUUUCAGACACAACAGGACUGAUGUACAUAUAAAGCAACAGUGACUAUGGUAGCAUGCGAAAGGACUGCACAUGUUCAAGCCACAUGACAUCCCAGCAUUCUGAAGGGAAGAGGACACUAGUUCCCAUCUCUAACCAAUAAUCAGUCUGCAACUGAUACCCACUGGUAAAGAAAAUACCCAUUUUCUUCAAUGAAAUCUGACUGGAUAUAUUAACAAUAUAUCAGAGCAUUCCUGAUACUCAGUACUUGUUAGUCAACACAAAACAAAUUAUUUCUUUUCUUCAUCUUGUCUCUUGUUAAAAUUCUCAGUUGU